AUGAGGGUAAGGUAAAGACAAAGAUAGCCAAAAAGAAAAACAAAGCAAAAAGAGGGAGAUAGAAAAGUAGAGAGAGAGAGAGAGAGUGAGAAAGAGAGAAGGGGGUGGGAGGGAGAGAAAGAGAGAGAGAGAAGAGAGAGGAGAGAGAUGUAGGGCCUAAACGCAGCCGAAAAACGUGUUCAUUGCAUUCGAGCCAUCUCUCGCAGGGAAGCCCGGCUUUGACCCGGUAGCCGGCGGCGGCACAAUCCGCGCGGCUGCCUGACGCAUUGCAGGUGCGCGUCGGCCAAUCACAGGCCUGGUUAGUUCGCCCGGACUUGUCCUGUAAACACGACCGCACCCACCCCGCAUGUAAAGCGGAUUUGCACGAUUGUCCAUGACGACCAUUCUCUACGUUGGACGUCGUGUCGUUCCUACUUCUUCCUAUUUGUCCAAUUAAAAACCAGUCGUUUUUUCAGGGUUUUCGCAGAGGAGAAGCCGCACGGGACUAUCUGUCGAUCGCGUAGGAAACGACGCGGCGCAUCGCCGCGUGAACUCCCCUUAACCCCCGUCCAGACCGUUGACCAAUCACGGUACGCUGUCGUGUAGCCCGUUAGGGGCGGCGUAGUAAUACCUGACCGAGACAAGCGGCAGAGAAGCUCGUACACCGAGAGAGAACGGUGGACUCCAUUGCUGUCCCGAGUGCGUUUCUCGUCGGCUGUGUCGUAUUGCGUGUCUGUCCGUGCUUUCGUGCACACAAGUUUUCCUUUCCACGACUGCUCGGAGAGAGAUUGUGAAUAGUAUCCCUUGUGUUUAGUGCCUAGACCGACAUUUGAGAUCGUCGAGCGUACUGAGACAUAAAAAAACUGAGCCAAAAUGGUAAGUCGAAUAUAUUCUCUCUUUCUUGGUGCGUGUACCUAUGCAGACGUCGUUCGGCGGCCCCUCGCCCUCACCCUUCGCCUAGGCUUUCGUUUGCCGCAUUGACGCGUCGAGUGCACGUGCAACCGACCAAUACGCAUUUACUGCAAAACACUUUUUUUUUCCCCCGUCUUUCCUUCUCGGCUCGAGAGAUUCUAUUUCCCAGGUCCUGUGAUAUUUUCUUUUUCUCACCUUGUCCUGUUUUUUAUUUUUAUUUUUUUUAUUUUUUUUUUUUUUUUGUACUUACGCACUGUUACAAUAUUACUAUUCGUAAUAUGGCCGGUAUGUAGAGAUGGACCGACUAUCGAUCCGUCUCUCCUUUGGUGGCUCACAUACACAUUUUUCUCGUCCCGUUUAAAAAGUCGAAACGUUCUUCGAGAGAAAUUGGACGAAAACCACGCACGAUCCGGAUAGGAAUCGAUGGUUUUUCAAAUCUUCCGGCCGACUAUCGAGUUAUUGGUCGUAGCGACGAAACAAACUUUUCGAGAGUUAAUGUCGUUCGUGUUACGUUGUGUCGUGUAUGAAUAUACCAUGUAACGGUACGUUGGAAUAUCGAAUGACGUGAAAAAAACUUCCUCGAAGUCGUUAAUUCACGACAUUUAUCUGCUUAAAAUACCUUAUCUCUAGAUUAUCAAAUCGCUGUAAGAUAAUUGUUAUCGUAUUUCUUUUUCGGAUAUCUCACGGAUUCCAAUUGGCGAUAAGUUACGUUGGCGCUGAAUUCGAAUAAAGAUUUUUUCUUUCUUCUUUAAGUUGAAGUUUAAGUUCUACGUGAAAUAAUAUAAAUAAUUCAAAAAUUUUGAAAUAGCAAUUACGUAUUCAGUCGAGUGAAACAUCAUUUCCUUUUUAGGCUUAAUAUACCUUGUUAUCGCCUUAGAGUACAAGCCUGAAAUUUUAGUCAAUUUUUAUCUCAUAUGUGACAGGUUAGUUUUUAAUAAUAUUUUUUUAGUUUUUAACAAUAUUUUUUUUAGAAUUAAAGCACUUUGCGAGAAAGAAUGAUCUUGACUUUCUUUCAUCAUUCUCACUGUUUUCUAGCGUAUAGUAUUCGACACAAUCAAUCAUUACACGGUAUAAUAUCUUACUAUUGAUUUUCGCGGUCUCUUGUCGUUGCGCCAAUUUCCUUAUUCCUUAUACGUUCCUGCACUUAUCCUUCAAUUAAUCUUCCAUAAACGUCGAUCUUUUGCUACAAAAACUUGAACGUGCAUUAUUUAUGUGCUAAAUCUAAAAAACUAUGAUAAGAAUUUUAAAAUCGCACCACCAUACAAAGUGUAUAUUUUCAUAUUUUGUGACUACGUAAUUUAAUUUUUUUAAGAUCAAACAAGAACGAAUAUCGUGCAUUUUUAGAUUUUUGAAAAUAUUUUCUCGGUUUUAAUCGCGGUUUUAUAACGUUCAAAGAUGUUGGUUGAUUGUUUUAUCGCAUAACCUAAAAUAUAGAUUGACCACUCUGAACUAUUUAUUGAAUAUAAAAUAUUUAUAAACCUUCGAUUCUAUUAAAAAUUAAUUAUCUUCCAAUAAAAUAUAAAAUUUUUUUAUUUAAAUUCUUAAAAAAUAUCUUAAAAAAUAUCUAUCCAAUAAAAUAAAUUUAUUCCUCUGUGUGUGUGUGUGGUGUGUGUACUUUUCUUUUAAUAAACAAUUGAAUAUUGAAUAUCGAACUAUUGGUUUAUUUAUGACAUUUGUUUAUUAUAGAUCUAAAUGCUCAAUGAGUAUUUUUGUAUAAAAUAUAUAGAAGAAAGCAUAACAUGUAUAUAUAUAUAUAUAUAUUGUGUGUGUGUGUAUGUGUGUGUGUGUAUUUACAGCUGACCUAUAUUGUAAGGUGUUUUAUUCUAGAACUCAUAGAUUGAUUUAAAACAGCUUUCCACAUUAAAUACUGCAUUUCUCUCACAUUUAAUCUUCAUAUAAUUACAAGUACAAAUACAUAAAUUAUAUAAUUUUUUGUCUAUAAAUACAAGAAAUAUUUAAUUUGCCAUUUUAUUUGAGGAUCUAAUUAUAACAAACUCAAUUUUUGUAAAUAAAGAUGCACAAUUGUCAAGAUGCAAAAAAUGUCAUGUGUUUGUUAAUUUUCUUUACCAACAUAAGCUUACAGUAAAUAUUUGUCAAUAUUAAUCGGCCACGAUAUAUAUUUCAUUGCAUAUAAAGUUGAAUAAAUUGAUUAGAAUAAGCAAUUUAAUCUUGACAUUAAUUAGUUGUUACUUGCGUACAUUUGCCAUUGAAGAGUCCAAGUUUAUUUGAAGAAUAAAUUCUUCAUAAAUAUAUCAUGUGGAUUAGAUUGAAUUUUAGUCUCGGUUUGUCAAGAAUGCAUGCUAAUUAACCGGUGUCAAAAAUAUUAACUUUCCAAUCAACAACAUUUUGAGUCCUGAGUGUCUCAACCACCGUGUUAUGCCCUUCCGCUACUUUUCCUAAUGAGGGUGGGGCAAUAUCUGAACAGGUGUUUAGAAUUUUCGGCAAGGUGGCAACAUCUCCGAAUCAGAGCCUUGAUAACGAGAUCUUACUAUAUUAUUAUGCAUUAACCAUGAAAAAAAAAAAUUUAUCGUUGAGUAUAUUAGAAAUAAUUUUUCUUUAUGAUCGUGUUGUUAAUCUCGCCAACAAAAAUCACGCGUUUUGUGGCAAAAUAUAGAAUUUUUUAAAUUUUUGAAUAUAUAAAAUUCACUUUGUUGUAUGUGAGAUAAUACAAACAGCUUUAUUUUUUUGAUAUUUGAUGCUAAGUAACAAACAUAUAAAUAAUAGAAAAUGUUUAUAUGUACAUAUUUUAUUCCAAUUAUUAUAAUUGAUAGAAAUUUUGUGAUACGUCAAGCUUGUACAAUGUUCGAUAAAAUGAAGUUCUCAUACAGUUGAUUUAAAUAAGAAAUUCUGAAGCUGAAUUCUUUUAACAAUAUUACAUAAGUGAUACGUAUGUGUAACUACAAAUUUAAUUUUUUAAUUAAAGGCUGAUCAACUGACAGAGGAGCAGAUUGCAGAAUUUAAAGAGGCAUUCUCGCUAUUUGACAAAGAUGGAGAUGGUACCAUCACAACCAAAGAAUUGGGUACAGUUAUGCGAUCACUUGGUCAAAAUCCUACAGAAGCUGAGCUUCAAGAUAUGAUCAAUGAAGUGGAUGCGGAUGGUAACGGAACAAUCGAUUUUCCUGAAUUCUUAACCAUGAUGGCUCGCAAAAUGAAGGAUACCGACAGUGAGGAGGAAAUUAGGGAGGCCUUCAGAGUAUUUGAUAAAGAUGGAAAUGGUUUCAUAUCUGCAGCGGAACUUAGACAUGUUAUGACAAAUCUUGGCGAGAAACUCACUGAUGAGGAAGUUGAUGAAAUGAUUCGGGAGGCUGACAUUGAUGGAGAUGGCCAAGUAAACUAUGAAGAAUUCGUCACAAUGAUGACAUCAAAGUGAAUGCAACCUGUGUAAUGGAAAAACUUGCAACUUCAAGUGGUGUUGACGUAUUAAAAUAAAUCGAGAAACAAAGAAAAAUAUAAUGUUAACAAAAAGCGAAUCGACCAGAAAGUGAAAAAAAUCUUGUAUCUGGACGCAAAGAUGUCUUUAAAGCGUGAAAAGUCAACGUCCAACACGCGUUAAUCAUCAUUAACGAUAAGUAAUACAGGGCAAUUGUUUAAUUAAAAAGUUAUACCACUAAAAAUCAUUAUCUCUAAAUACACGAAAUACUUAACUAUACACAACAUGAACAUAAAAAUACAUGUUACACGCGCACAUACACAAAUACAAAAAAUAUGCAGCACACACAUAAAUACAUCUAAUACAUAAAAGAUGAUUUAUUUCCGUAUAAAAAAUAUAAUUAAAAUAUAUAUAUAUAUGUACACACAUAUAUACAGCA